AUGCUAGACCUCGAAACAAAUUCGAACAACAGCAAAAAGGGAAUGAAUAAGGUUGAAGAAAAAAAUAUGAAUAAAAAGUGGAUUGUAAUGGGAGAUAAUAAUGAGAACAUAAAAAGCAGUUAUAAUAAUGAAGAUGAUGAGUAUAUGGAAGGUGUGAACGAUGAAUCCAAUAUGGUUAAUAAGAUGGAUAAUUAUAUGAAUUAUUCUGAUCAGAGGACUCAAUUAUAUCCUAUGAGUAGAACUACAACACCUAAUGUAAUAAACAGUAUAAGUAUGGAGAGUAUGAAUGAUGGAGUUAUGUAUCCUAAUGUUUCUAAGGAUGGACUUGUGUGUAAUGAAGAAUUGAAUAAUUCGGAUAUGAAAGGAUUGGUAAGUGAAGAUAAUAAUAAUAAUAAAAAUAAUAAUAAUAAUAAUAAUAAAAAUAAUGAUGAUAGUAAUAAUGAUGAAGAUAAUAAUAAUAAUAAUAAUAAUAAUAAUAAUAGUAACAAUAUAUACCAUGAACAACAUGUUGAGGAAUAUGAAAAGACUCAUCAUGUGAGUCAUCCAAAAGAUUGCGGUAAAUAUUCCAAUAGUGACGAUGUUGAUAUGGGAGGAUAUGAAUCAGCUAAUAUUGAAUUUGAGAUGAAUGAAAAAAGAUUAAAUCUUCAAGAAAGUGAGGAAAAAAUAAAUAACCAUAUGGACCAUAUGAAUGAUUGUGAAAAUUAUGAAGAUGAAGAUCCUGGACAUUAUGAAGAAGAUGAUAUUAAUAAAAAUGAAAAAUUAAAUGAGAAUAAUAAUUUAUAUUUAAAUUGUCUUAGUGAUAGUUAUGACGAAAAUAAUGUAAUAAAAAAAAAAGAUGAUAUUAUAAGUGGUGGUGCUUAUAAUAAGAAACAUGAAAAAACUUCAGAUUUUAAAGAGAAGAAUCAUCAAUCGGAUUGUAAUAAUAAUAAUAAUAAUAAUAAUGCAACUAUCUAUUUAGAUAAAAUGUGUGAUGAAGAAGCCGAAGAUAAUGUAGAAGCAGAGGGAGAAGAAGAUAAUGAUGAUGUUGUUAACAAUGGUAAGAAUAAAUAUAAUAUAAAUUGUAAUAAAAAUAAUUCAAGUUCAUAUAAAGAAGAUGUAAAAUCUCUAAAUUGUCAGUAUAAAGAAGAAGAUGAUGAAUAUCAAGAUAAUGAUUAUAAUGAUGACAUGAAUAAUGAGAAUAUAAAGAAUACCUUAUUAAAAGAAUUAUUAAUAGCUAACAAAAAUGGAUCUAUAGAUCCACAUGAGAUUAUACAUCCUUCUGGAUGUGGUGUUAAUAAGAAUAAGACCUUCUCAGAAAUAAUAGAUAAUUUAUUAAAUUUAAAGGAUGAUGAUGAUUUGAGUAUUAAAUUGAAUAGAUACUUAAAAGGUGAGAAAGCUGAUAUGGAAAAUAAUACUAUAAAUGAAGGUAAUAAUAAUAAUAAUAAUAAUGGUAAUAAUAAUGGUAGUAAUUAUCAUCAUAUUAAUCAUUGUAUGAAUACAGGUGGUAGUAAGAAAAAGAAUGUUAAUGUAAAAAGCCAUGUUACUAAAAAUAAUAAUGAUUCUUUUGAGAAUUUAAAAAAGUUAAAAGUUCUUUGUGUAGAUUAUUUAAGAAUUUUGAAAAGAUUAACACCUUUAUGGGGUUCGACUGAUAGAACUUUUGAAUCACAUUAUGUAAACUUAUUAAAUAAUGUAAACUCGAAUACGUUAGAUAAUUAUUUAUGUUGUUUUUCGAAUAUUAAGAUAUGUGCAGUGAAGAGUAUCUUUUUAGAUUCCAUAAUGGAGUGUAUAGAAGAGUUAGAAAUUAUUAAGAAAUUUAAAAUGUCUAAAGAGAAGGACGAUGGUGUCGAAGAUAAGGAUAUAAAUGAUAAGGAUGAGAUGAAUAAGAGAAUUUUGGAAGAUAUAGAAAAGAAUUUGACAAAGGAAAUUGUUGAAGAUAUUUUUCAGUUGAACAUGAGAAAUCCAUAUAUAGUGAAUAGUUAUGCAAACAACAGCACCAAUAAUAAUAAUAAUAAUAAUAAUAAUAAAAGUAAUUGUAGUAACAAUAAUAAUAAUAAUAAUAGUACUAGUAGUAAUAGUAGUAGUAGCAGUCUUAAUAAUAAUAAUAAUAAUAAUAAUAGUGUUUCUUGUUCCGAUGGAGAAUCACAAUAUCAUCAACAUGGAGAUAAUAACAAGAUAGGAGCACAUAAUUUAUUAUAUAAUAUGUCUGGAAAACAUAAUAAUAGUACAUGUAAUAAUGGUUUUAAUGUAUAUUAUGAUUUAAAAAAAGGAAAGGAAUGCCAACAUAAUAAUUCUUGUGGUAACAAUAGAAAUUCAUGUAAUUUGUUAUCUAGUUCACCAAAUAAUCAUACAUGUGGUACAAACCAUGGUAAUAAUUAUACAAGCUGUGCUAAUAACUCAUCGAGUUUAAAUUAUUCAAAUAUAUUUCCUUUCAAUUGUUUGAAUACGAAUAAAAAUGGUAUUUCAUUAAACAACAAUGGAAAUGUAGGUGCUACACCAGUAGUAAAUAAUAAUAACAAUAAUAACAAUAAUAAUAAUAAUAAUAAUAAUAAUAAUAGUAAUAAUAAUAAUUAUUCUGCAGUCUCUUCUGGGGCUUGCCAUAAAAAAAGUUGUAAUUAUUCGGAUGAAAAUAUUCUUAACAAAUUAAAUGUAAGUAUAGAUUACAGUUCAUACAAUGAUUUUAAUAAUAACUAUAUUCAAGAAGCUGAAAAGGUUGUAGAAAAAUAUAAAAAUUUAAGCAAAUUAAAUUCUAAGGAUAGUGAUAAUAUGUAUAGUACCUGUAGCCAUUCUAGUGUCCAGGAUAAUAUUAGUAGUGCUAAUCUUAAUACUUACUUACAAUUAAAAAUGCUUAUGUCUGAGUAUGCAAAUACAUGUGUAAAGAAUGAUAAAAUUAAGUUAAAGGAUUUGGAUAACAACAUGAGUGAUUUGAAUAUUCUUAAGUAUUUAUAUUCUCAAUUGAAUGGUGGUUCUCUCCUAGAGGAUAAGAAUAUUUCAGAGUUGUACCAACUCGAUGGAGAAUCUAAGGAUGCUAAAAAUUAUUAUGAGAAUAAAUUAAAGCUCGAGUGCUCUAGUGCUAGCGAUAUAAAUAAAUUUUUACAAGAUUAUAAAUUGAACGAUGAUGAUAAUUAUGAAGAUAGAGAGGGCUACUCGAAGUAUGAUAAAGAGCAAGGAUUAUUGUUGAAUGGUAAUGAUACUAAUAUGAAUUACUUAUCGAGUAGUUUACAAAAUAUGAUGAGAAAAAGAAAACAUUAUGAUAAUUACCCAUCAACAAAUAAUACUACAACUAAUAAUAAUAAUAAUAAUAAUAAUAAUAAUAAUAAUAGUAGUAGUAAUAAUAAUAGUAAUAAUAAUAAUAAUGGCAAUAAUAAUGUUAAUAACUUAAAUAAUAAUUCUCUUUCUGAUUUAAAUUAUUUAUUAUACAAUACUAAUGUACUUAAAAAAUUAAAAUUGAAUUUACUAGAAAAUAAAAAAGGUAACAAUAUAAAUAAUGCACAUAAUGGAUUGCAGAAUCUUACGGGUAGUAGUAGUAGUAGCAGCCUUGUAACCUCUGGAGUUAUGGGCAAUAAUGAUUAUCGAAAAAAAGAUACGAAUGAGAUAUAUAUGGAUGAGAAUAAUGUUAUUCCUGGUCACAUGACUACAAGAAAAUCAUAUGCAUCUAAUAAGAAUAAUUUAUUAAAUAACAUAAAGAAUUUUAAGGAUAUAUUAAAUUUAUCUCAAGAAAGUUUAAAUAAAAAGGGUAUGGGAAAUUCUUAUAAAAAUUCAUUUGAUCAUAUAAACCCGAGUACUUUAUAUGAUUUUAUAUUAAGUACUAAUAAUGCGAAUAAUAUAAUGGAGAGUUCUGUUCAACUAGGAACUAGCAAUAAUAAUAAUAAUAAUAAUAAUAUAAUGAUGAAUACUAUUGGUAGUAAUAAUAGUAGUAUAAAUAAUAGUAAUCAUAACAAUAGUAAUGGAUUACAUAACAGCAGUUAUCACAAUCUUAACAAUAAUACGAAUGGUCAUCAUAAUAAUAUGAAUAAGAAAAAUAGCUAUGACUAUAACACGGAUUAUAACUCUAAGGUUAGUAUGAAUGAUUCUGAAUUAUCGUUAAAUAAUCAUGAUAGUAAUAAUGAUGUAAUAAUAAAUAAUAAUAUGCAUGGAGGAAAGAAUAUUAGUAAUAAGAUGGGCGAUGGAGGAAUAAAUUAUAAAAAGGGUGAUAUGAAUAAUAAUAAGUCCUUAUCUGCGCACAAUGUAAAUAAUAAUAAUAAUAAUAAUAAUAAUGGUAGUAGUAACAAGAAUACAAAGAAUAUUAAAAAUAAUACAAACGGUACAAACAGUACUACAAACAGUACAAAUAAUGCAAAUGGUAGUAACAAUAAUAAUAAUAAUGGAAAUAAUAAUAACUAUGCAGGUGGGAAAUUAAAAUAUGAAAUGCCUGUAGGUGUAAAUCCAAAUGAUGAUAAGGUUAAGGGUGUUUACUUUUCUAAAUCUCCAAGAGGUGUAGGUAAAUGGAAUGCAUAUUUUCAAAUUGCAAACAAUAAAAGAUUGUUUACAAGUUUUAGUGUUAGUAAAUAUGGAUAUAAUGAAGCCAGGAAAUUAUCUAUAUUGAAAAGAACUGAAUGGGAAAAAGAGUAUAAGCAUCAUACUGAUUUAAAGAACUCUGAUGGAAAAAAAGGGAAAAAAAAAGCAAAUAGUGUAGUUGCGGCAACAUCUACAAGUAGUAAUUUGAUUAAAAAUAAUAAUAAUAAUAAUAAUAAUAAUCACCAUCAUAAUCAUCAUCAUAGUAAUAAAAAUAUAUCUAAAGGAAAUUCAAAUAGUAGUGAUGGGUCUAUAACCUAUGCAAAGGAUAAUAAAUUGAAAGAUGAUACAUUAUUAUAUUCUAAUGAUGAUGAAGAUGAAGAUGAAGGUUGUUAUAUUGGUAAUAAUAAAAUGAAUCAUGUAAAUAAAAAUAAUAACAAUCAUAAUAAUAAUAAUAAUAAUAAUAAUAAUAAUGUUUUAUCAGGGAUGUUGGAUUUAUCAAAUGAUUUAUUAGAUCAUCAUUUGACAGGUGGUACAAACAAAAAGAAAUUAAACAAAUUGAAUCAUAUAUCGUCCAAUCAUGAUUAUAUUAAGGUUGAAGAUAAUAUGAACUUUUUUAUUGAACGACCAAAAAAUGAUAAUAUAGAUACAUUUAAUACUGUAGAUUUGUUACGAUCAAGCUUAGCAGGUGAGAAAAUAAAUUCUAAAAAAAAUCAUAUCAAUAAUAACAAUAAUAAUAAUAAUAAUAAUAAUAAUAAUAAUAAUAAUUUUUCUUCAAAUUCAUUAGGACAAGCAGCUAUUAACGUUUAUAAUAAUGUAAUGGAUAGUAAUAAACAAUCAUCUAUAAAUGCCUCCAGAAUUUUAUCGAAUACUUUAGGGAUAUCAAAUAAGUACAUGAGAAAUUUACAUUUCCCUUCAAUAGAUUCUCACACGGUUAGUAACUUCCUAGAUGCAGUAGCAGAUGAUCAAAAAAUUCCUUCCUAA